AUGUUGCAUGUGUGGAGUGUUUCUGGCGAUGAGCUGGCGUCUGUCUCCAAGGAGGAGUGCCGUCUUGUGCGCGACGUGAAGGAGCACUUGCGCACACGUUGCGGUGUCCCAGUGUGCCUGCAACAGCUCGUGUGCGACGGGCGAUGCUUAGCGGAUGAUGACGUGGCACAUGCUGACCUUCAACUGGUUCGGCUGACCGAACUCGACGCAGAUCAGCAAGGAAUUGCCGGAGAGGAGCUUCUGGAAGCUGCGCGAGGUGGCGACGCAGAAGCCGUACGUUUCCUCCUGCAAGCAGGUGUGAAGAUGGACUGGGCAGACGAGGCAGGCUUUACAGCUCUCCACCGGGCGGCCGAGAAGCACUCUGAAAUCUGCUCCCUGCUCGUGGAAGCUGGUGCUGACACGGAGUAUUUCAAUGAGAACGAUGAAACGCCCCUGAUUCUCGCAGCUCGUGGCGGCCAGACUGCGGCCGUAUGUUUGCUGAUAGAUGCUGGCGCGAACAUCGACGCGCAGGACUGUCUCUGCCGAACCGCGGUCAAGGAAGCAGCGUCUGGGGGACAUUCCGAGAUCGUGCGCCUUUUGUUGGAUGCUGGGGCCGACACCGAUGUCGGCGAUGAUCGUUUGGACACCGCUCUCAUCAAAGCAGCAGGUCAAGGACACACCGAGAUCGUGCAAAUGCUAUUGGAUUCUGGCGCCCAAAAGGACGCGAUUAAUGGUGUGAGAGCGACUUCACUUAUUCGCGCAGCAAGUCACGGCCAUGCGGAGAUUGUACGGCUACUUGUGGAUGCUGGUGCAGACAUGGACGUCCGGGAUUGUGAUGGCCGAACAGCUCUUGCUCACGCGCGGUUUGCAGGCUUCGCUGAUGUUGAAGAAAUCUUGCGUGAUGAGCACCGCACAAAGCAACGCCGGCUUUGA